AGGGAGAGAGAGUUGCAGAGAGAGAGAUUCAUGGCGACUUCAAAGCUCCAAGCGCUGUGGAACCACCCCGCCGGCCCUAAAACCAUUCAUUUUUGGGCACCAACUUUUAAAUGGGGCAUCAGCAUAGCUAAUAUUGCUGACUUCGCUAAACCACCUGAGAAUCUUUCAUAUCCUCAGCAAAUAGCUGUUGCAUGCACUGGAAUUGUAUGGUCACGCUACAGCACUGUCAUCACUCCAAAGAACUGGAAUCUUUUUAGUGUCAACGUAGCAAUGGCAGGGACAGGCCUCUACCAACUCUCACGGAAAAUACGGCAUGACUAUUUCUCUGAGGCAGAACCAGCUGUUGCAGAACAAUGAUGACGAAAAUUGUUUGAACCACAUCUCGUCAUGGGUGCAAGGAUUAUGUUGCCUCUUUCCCUUGUUUUGAUUUUAAUUUUCUUACAUGAGAUUCCCUUGUUUGGAGGGUCUUGGAUAGGAAAGUUUGAUGUAGCGCGGGUUUUAUGUAUUUAUCUUUUGAUUGUGAUCAUGCCUGCUCGCUGCCUAACGGAUUUGGAACAGUUCAACAGGCAAAAGUUCAUGAUUGACAAAUAA